AUGGGCGACACUUUGGCAAACACCGCAAAUUUCGAACCGGACAAAGUCAGCAGCGGUGUCUCUAGGAAUUCUUCAUUGCUAGACGAUGAAAACACUGUAUCUGAGUCUGGCGCAGAUAGUGACUCCGCCAUCGAGAGAAUGGAAAACGGCGGCACCGCCUACAACGAGAAGGCGCUGACGUCCGACGCGGAGGCUCCAGACUGGGAGAGGGAUCCUGAGAACCCGUACAACUGGCCGACGGCUAAGAAGUGGCAGCAAGUUGCCAUCUCGAUUGGAACCUCAAUAAUGUCACCUGCAACAACGCAACUCCAAGAAGAAUUCGGUGUCGGCUUGACGGCGUCCCUCGCCCCGUUGUCGUUGUACGUCUUCGCCCUGGCCCUCGGCCCCGUUCUCGGCGGGCCCCUUUCCGAGACGGUCGGCCGCCACUCGACCUACACUGUCCUCGGCUCCCUCGGGGCCCUGUUCACGCUGGGCUGCGGCUUCGUCCACAGCUUUGCCGGGCUGUGUGUGCUGCGGUUUCUGUCAGGAUUCUGCUACGCACCGUCCCUGGCCGUGUCCGCUGGCGUGCUGAACGAUGUGUUCCACCCGAGGGAGAGGGGUCUGCCGUCGGCUUUGUUCGUGUUGACGCCUUUCCUCGGGCCUGGUGUGGCCCCUUUGAUGGGAGCUUUCCUUGUGAACAGGAUGGGUUGGCGAUGGACCCAAUGGACUAUGCUGUUUUUCUACAUAGAAGCCAUGAUAGUAGGCCUGGUUUGGGGCCGCGAGACCUACGCACCAGUCCUACGGCGCAGAAGGGCGAAGAAGCUUAACAUCCCCCAGCCUUCGUCUAAGCCAUUCCGGGCCCAGAUAAAGCUGUUCGUCACCGUCGCCCUAAUCCGGCCGGUCCACAUGCUCUUCACCGAGCCCAUCGUCGCCUUCGUCUGUCUCUACGCAGCCUGCGAGUUCGCAACCCUCUUCUGCUUCUUCGCCUCUGUCCCGUUCGUCUUCCGGGGUAUAUACCACUUCGGGCCGGAGGAGGUGGGGCUCGUAUACAUCAGCAUCAUCGUCGGCUGUCUCAUCGGCUUCGCCACCAUAGUCAUUUGUGAUAUUUGUUUCUACAGGCCUCAAGUGGCCCGCCAUCCUCCCCACCAGGUGCCACCCGAGUAUCGACUCUUCCCAGCAAUGAUCGGCAGCUUGCUGGCCCCCGUGGGCAUCUUUUGGUUCGGCUGGACCGCGAGGCCUGAAAUCUCGUGGGCGAGCCCCGCCGUGGCAAUCAUGCCUUUUGCGUGGGGGAACAUCUGCCUGUUUGUGUCGACCACACAGUACCUGGUUGACACCUAUCACGGCAAUACGGUAGCCAGUGCUAUGAGCGCCAACAGCCUGGCGAGGUACGGGCUGGCUGGCGCCUUUCCUUUGUUCACCAUUCAGAUGUACCAGAACCUUGGCGUUGGCUGGGCUACCAGUAUAUUGGGGUUCAUCGCGGUGGCUUUGCUCCCCGUGCCGUGGACAUUAUUCAAGUUUGGGAAGGCUAUCAGAGCGAGGAGUCGUUACGAGACUGCCAAGUUUUGA